AUGGGGCGGCAACAGGAAAAUGAUUGGGUCAAUCUUGAAUUAAUGGGCGGCACUGUUAAAAGGUUGAUUGGGCCGCUGUAUAUAGUGGGCGGUGUAACAAAGAUGCUUAAUCAAAGAUUGGGCCGGAGAUUCGAAGUGUUUUUACAAGGUACAUAUGAAAAGAUGAAUGGAGAUUGUUUGAAAUGCGAAAAAACAGAAGCAGACAGUGUGAAACUCUUGAAGGAUGUGGAGAGUUUGACAUUGGAAAACGAUACUCUGAAGAUCAAGAAGAAGGCUGAUAAUGAACGAAUUUUGGAGUUAUGCUUGAACUAUGAAAAGCUAAAAUCGGAGAAUGAUAAACUUUUAAAAGAUUUAAACAACAUUGAAGAGUUGGUGUUGAAUAUAUCGCAUGUUAUACUGUACAAGAUGGUGUUUGUUCCGUUCACUGGAAUUGAUAACCACUGUCGAAAUGUAACCCUUGGAGCUGGGUUUUUGUCAUCGGAGAGCAUUGAAUCCUAUAAAUGGCUUCUGAAUUCAUUCAUAAAGUCAUUUGGUCGGCAGCCAAAGGUUGUAGUGAUGGACCAAGACCCUGCUAUGAAACAGGCUAUUGAGGAGGUUUUUUCUACCAGUAGACACCGAUUGUGCAUGUGGCACAUAAUGAAAAAAGUGGCAGAUAAGGUUGGACACGAGUUGUGCAAUAACGAUGAGUUUAAAAGGAGGAUGUGCGACAUUGUAUGGAUUGAUUCCAUUGAGCCUGAAGAGUUCGAGAGACAGUGGAAGUUGGUGAUGAUUGAGUUCGGUCUCACAGAAAACAAAUGGAUUCAUGAUAUGUUUUCGAUGAGAAACAUGUGGAUUCCGGCUUUUUACCGGCAUGAGCCCAUGUCUGGUCUCAUGCAAACAACUUCGAGAUUAAGGAGCGAGAAUCAUUUUUUUUGCCAGGUGUCAAAUUCACAACUCACUCUUGUAGAGUUUAUGAAUCAUUUUGACGGUGCAAUGGAUGUCCAAAGGUUUAAUCAUAGAAAGAAUGAUCAUAUUUCAAGAUAUACCGAGCCUGCUGAUUGGAGCGAAACUACUUUGGAAAAUGAUGCUGCUAAGAUCUACACCAGGUCUAUAUUCUUUGAUCAGCAAAUAGAGAUUCAUGGAACAAUUUCCGAAUGUCUGCCAAUGGACACCAAAAUCGAGGGUCCACAGAUCAGGAUAUUGUUGAAAGACUUUAAAGCCCAUGGAGAUGGUUUAUUAGAGAUACUGAAAGGCAAACAACAAUGCAAACAACAAAAGAAGAAGAUGAAGGGCGUCCAGAUUGAAAUAGAUCCCAGAGACAAAGACAACGAGGAGGAAGACGAUGAAGAGGAAUAUGAGUUUGAAGAUUACAGUAGUGAUGAUGGCACUGAAGAAGAAGAUUAG